AUGGCCGCGCCCGCAACUACAAUCGCAAGCCAACCCCCGGCGGAGGAGCCCAUCUCCAUCCCCGACAACCGCGAUGGCGUCGCCUAUCUCGUGACAGGCACAUCCGCCACUUAUCCACCACCCUACACCAAGUCCCCUUCCAUUGAGAAGUUCCUGGCCUCGAUCAAGUCCAACCCCAAAUUCGUCGGCUCGUCAGUCACAAUGCCGCACAAGGUCGCCAUCAUGCCUCACUUGGACGAUCUCACUGAGCACGCCCGCCAAGCCGGUGCCUGCAACACCAUCUUCCUCCGCACUGACCCAACCACCGGCGUCAAGCAAUACGUCGGCACCAACACCGACUGCGACGGCAUCCGCGAGGCGCUCGUCAAGAACGCCCCCGACGCCUCUCGCUUCCGCGGCCGGCCCGCGCUGAUCAUCGGUGGUGGCGGUACUGCCCGUACAGCCGUCUAUGUGAUGCGCCGCUGGUUGGGCUCCAGCAAGAUCUACAUCGUCAACCGUGACGCGGCCGAGGUCGAGUCCAUCCUCGCCGAGGACCGCGCGCGGAACCCAGACGUCAACGCACAGGCUCCUCUCAUCCCAGUCAGCGACCCCGAGGAGGCUGCUCGUCUCGAGGCGCCGGCCGCCAUCGUCUCCGGUAUUCCCAACUACCCUCCCAAGACGGCCGAGGAGCUUAACACCCGCGCCGUGAUCCAGACUUUCCUGGGCACUGCUGCCGAUGCGGAGAAGCAGCAGGGUGUCAUACUGGAGAUGUGCUACCACCCUGUUCCCUGGACGGAUAUUGCCAACCUUGCUUCUGCCGGUGGCUGGAAGGUGAUUCUUGGUUCGGAGGCAUUGAUCUGGCAGGGUCUUGAGCAGGCUCGUCUCUGGACCGGUGUGGAUAUUGUUGGAACUCCCGGUCUGGUGCAAGAUGUCAAGGAUCUUGUUGAUAAGACUGUUGCCGAGCGUGCUAACAAGUCCAGUCUGUAA